AUUCAUGGGGUUCAAUCAAUCGGUACCUCGGUCAAAACAUAUAUUCCUUGCUCUAUCUAUGGUCAAAACAACAACAAUACACUAGUCUACAGCAGCGAGCAGUCUUCAGAGAAAAAAGAUGUCCUGGACAAGAGGUCAAAACCUGUACAUCAGAAACCAUGAAAAUGAUGGACGCGUGACAUUAGGCCAUGACCGCUCCAGGCUGCACCAGGCAGCCACAAUGGGUCAGCUACUGAUGUUACAUGCCCUUAUCGAAGACGGAGCAAAGGUCAACGUCACAACUUAUAAUGGGGUGACGCCCUUGCACGAUGCCUGUAGCACUGGUCACCGGUACUCGGCCAGGUGUUUAAUCAAAGCUGGGGGCAAGUUGAAUCCUAUGGAUAUUGACUGGCAUACUCCACUGACUCGUGCCUGCUCUGAACGACAUAAAGAUUGUGUUGAUCUUCUUAUCCGUUCGGGGGCAAAGCUCAAUAUUGAAAAUGAGAUGUUUUCACCGCUACAUUGCGCAGCUGCUGCAGGAUGUAUCGACUCCACUAACUUACUCUUGCAAGCAGGAGCCGAGGUAGAUAAAUUAGACUACAACAGAUCUGGGACUCCACUGCAUGCAGCAGCAAAUGGCCACCAGACAAUGUGUGCAAGGGCACUGCUACAAGCAGGUGCAAAUAUCAAUUCUGCUAGACCAACGGACAAUAAAACUCCUCUCCAUGUAGCAGCAUCCGUGUCUGCGCCAGCAGAAAUGAUCACUUUGCUCUUACAACAUGGGGCUAAGACACAUGACCUAGACACAGAGGGCAAGAAAGCAGUAGACUUGGCACCGAUGGAUAGCCAGGCUUAUGGUGUUCUCAAAGAGCACACAGAAAGUGCCGGAUUACUGAGCGAGCUGUGCAGGGAGUGCGUUCAUCAACAUCUCAUAUUGGAUGAGUCCGUCAACUCACUACCUCUUCCAGAAAGACUCAAAGAAUUCCUUCAAUUCAAAUCAUGAUUCUUGUAAGAACAAUUAAGACCAAAAACACUCAAGGAAAAGCUACGUAUGUAAUAAUGUGUUAAGCAGGUUAAGAGUUCAUUGUACUUUAUUCAAUGAAGCUCACACUUCUCUACCUCCUACAGAAAGACUCAAAGAAUUCCUUCAAUUCAAAUCUUGAUUCUUGUAAGGAUUACUAAGACCAAAAACACUCAAGGGAAAGCUACAUUAGUUAUAAUGUCGCAAGCAGGUAAAGAGUUCAUUGUACUUCAUUCAGUGAAGCUCACAACUCUCUACCUCUUCCAGAAAGACUCAAAGAAUUCCUUCAAUUCAAAUCAUGAUUCUUGUAAGAACAAUUAAGACUAAAAACACUAAAGGAAAAGCUACGUAUGUAAUAAUGUGUUAAGCAGGUUAAGAGUUCAUUGUACUUUAUUCAAUGAAGCUCACACUUCUCUACCUCCUACAGAAAGACUCAAAGAAUUCCUUCAAUUCAAAUCUUGAUUCUUGUAAGGAUUACUAAGACCAAAAACACUCAAGGGAAAGCUACAUUAGUUAUAAUGUCGCAAGCAGGUAAAGAGUUCAUUGUGCUUCAUUCAGUGAAGCUCACAACUCUCUACCUCUUCCAGAAAGACUCAAAGAAUUCCUUCAAUUCAAGUUAUUAUAACUAAGACCAAAAAUACUCGAGGGAAAGCUACCUCAGAUAAAAUGUCCCCUUCGACUAGCAGGUUAAGAGUUUGUUGCACUUCAUUCAGUGAGGCUCACUGCCGUUUGGUGAAUAGUGGCUUAGUAUAUACAGCGCUUAUAUUCGUCACUCAGUGACGCUCAAGGCAUU